GGGCUCAUAAUGUCGUUUUUUUUUCAUGUGAUUGGGGGUAUGCAACAAUUAUAAAACAGUGAAAAAGGAUAUGAAAACCAUUGAGAGUUUCGCUCCGGAAACACCAUGGGAAUGGGAGAAGGCGAGCAGCAGGGCAUUGAUGAGCUGAUUGCUUCACUUCCCCAAGAGAAAGUUCCAAGCCUUCCUCCUUGUUGCCUUUUCCAAAACUUUUGGUGCCCGAUCUUCGUGCUUCCUAAUGUGGUCGCGUUCCAGAGGCACUUCAAGGCCAAAGACAAAGACAUUGUUGUUGCCUCUGACCCCAAAUUGGGGAGCACCUGGCUAAUGGCCAUAGCAUUCUCCAUUGUCAAUCGCUCCCGCUUCGACGUCUCAAACAUGCCCUCGCUCACUUCAAGCCCCCAUGAACUCAUCCCUUGCUUCGAGUUUGACUUGUUCGUGCAUAACCCGAGAUUCGAUCUUGAUGACAUGGAGGAACCGAGGCUCCUCUCUACGCACCUCCCUUAUUCAAGCUUGCCGAAGUGUGUCAAGCAGUUGGACUGCCGGAUCAUUUGAGACUUGGACACAUGAAUGAGAGGGAGAUGAUUAUUCUGAGUUAGAGGGGUCCACUAGGAGGUCAUUAGAUUGAGAAACUAAACUUUUGUGAACACUAAGACAUGGGUAGUCAGCAGUGAGUGAAGUUCAGUACUGCACUUCACCAUACCUCAUAAAUUGUGGGCUGUGUAUAUUCAGACUUAUGGGUACCCUUCGAUCCGAAGGUGGUGCUAGGUAUUUGUUGUCCUUUGUUGAGGACGUUUGAAGGAAAUUCUUGAUUUAUUUUCUUAAGCACAAGAGUGAGGUGCUUGGUCGGUUUAAGUCAUGGAAGGCGAUGAUCAAAGCAGAUAGAAAGAAAGAUCAUGUUCAUGAGAACUGAUAAAUGGUUGGAAUUCUAUUAUAAUGAGCUUUGCCAGUUUUGCACAUAGGAAAAUAUAGUAAAACACCGCAUUGUAGCUGACACACCACAGCUAAACGGAGUGGCAGGAAUGAUGACCAGAAUUAUAUUGGAGAGAA